UCUUAUCAGUUAUCACCAUCUCUCUCUCUGUAUCGGAGGCGAUGACGACGUCGUUUCGUGCUCCGGCGGGCGCCGCCACCGUGAUUCCGGCGGAUCAGAAGAUCCGAGUCGGGAGGUUCGAUGCUUUGAAGUCGUCACAUUCAGUUUUCAUGGGAAGGAGUGUGCGCGGCGUUGUUUCGGUUCCUGCGUCUUCGUCAGGUUCUUCGAUUAUCAAAGCCAUUUCCACGCCAGCAAAGCCAGAGACGGCAAAGGAAACCAAGCGGAGCAAGGUCGAGAUAAUCAAGGAGAAGAGUAAUUACAUAAGGUAUCCUCUUAAUGAGGAACUGGUGACAGAUACUCCUAACAUCAACGAAUCUGCCGUGCAACUCAUCAAGUUCCAUGGAAGCUACCAACAGUAUAACAGAGAAGAACGUGGUGGAAGAUCCUACUCGUUCAUGCUUCGUACUAAGAACCCUUGUGGAAAGGUCCCUAAUCGUCUCUACUUGACCAUGGAUGACUUAGCCGAUGAGUUUGGCAUUGGUACCCUCCGGUUAACGACUAGGCAGACAUUUCAGCUGCAUGGUGUUCUGAAGAAGGAUCUUAAGACCGUGAUGAGCACCAUUAUAAAAAACAUGGGUAGCACUCUUGGUGCCUGUGGUGAUCUGAACAGGAAUGUUCUUGCUCCAGCGGCUCCUUAUGCGAAAAAAGACUAUCUCUUUGCGCAACAAACAGCUGAGAAUAUCGCUGCUCUUCUCACUCCACAGUCUGGUUUUUAUUAUGAUAUUUGGGUUGAUGGCGAGAAGUUUAUGUCAGCCGAGCCUCCGGAGGUAGUGAAGGCUCGAAACGAUAACUCCCAUGGAACUAACUUUGUUGACUCUCCUGAGCCCAUUUAUGGCGCCCAGUUCUUGCCGAGGAAAUUCAAGAUUGCUGUAACUGUGCCAACAGAUAACUCGGUCGACAUUCUCACCAACGACAUUGGUGUGGUUGUCAUCUCAGAUAAAGAUGGGGAACCUCAGGGUUUCAAUAUAUAUGUUGGUGGAGGGAUGGGAAGAACACACAGACAGGAGUCAACUUUUGCCCGUCUGGGGGAACCAAUAGGUUAUGUGCCUAAGGAGGAUAUCUUGUAUGCUGUGAAGGCCAUUGUUGUUACUCAGCGAGAACAUGGGAGAAGAGACGAUCGUAAAUACAGUAGAAUGAAAUAUCUGAUCAGCUCAUGGGGAAUCGAAAAAUUUAGAAGUGUGGUUGAGCAAUAUUAUGGUAAGAAGUUCGAGCCUUUCCGUGACAUGCCGGAGUGGGAGUUCAAAAGCUAUUUGGGAUGGCAUGAGCAGGGUGAUGGUUCCUGGUUUUGUGGGCUUCACGUAGACAGUGGUCGCAUUGGAGGCCAAAUGAAGAAAACUCUCAGAGAAAUAAUAGAGAAGCACAACCUCGACGUGCGCAUCACCCCCAACCAAAACUUAAUAUUGUGUGAUAUCCAGAGCGAGUGGAAGCGUCCCAUCACCACUGCACUUGCUCAAGCCGGGCUUCUUCAACCAGAGUAUGUUGACCCUCUCAACCUGACAGCAAUGGCUUGUCCAGCAUUUCCUUUGUGCCCUCUGGCAAUAACUGAAGCUGAGCGAGGGAUUCCCGGUAUUCUGAAGCGGGUUCGUGCAGUCUUUGAGAAGGUUGGUCUUGAAUACGAAGAAUCCAUUGUUAUAAGGGUAACGGGGUGCCCUAAUGGCUGUGCCAGACCCUACAUGGCUGAACUUGGGCUUGUCGGGGAUGGCCCUAAUAGCUACCAGAUUUGGCUCGGGGGAACACCGGGCCAGACCCAGUUAGCCAAGGCUUUCAUGGACAGAGUUAAGGUUCAGGACUUGGAAAAGGUCUUCGAGCCGCUGUUUUAUCACUGGAGACUCAAGAGGCAAGCCCGAGAAUCAUUUGGCGACUUCACAGUCCGCAUGGGGUUUGAGAAACUGAAGGAGCUGAUCAAUACAUGGGAAGGAUUGCCAUCGAGCCCAUCGGCUCAGACCCACAACCUGAGAGUAGAAGUGGACAAGGAAACAUACGAGGCAGUGGAUGAACUCGCUAGACUCGAUAACAAGACUGCACCUGAGUUGGCCGGGGAUGUUCUCCGUGGAUUCGUUGCUUCUCACCGUAAUGGCAAAGCUGAGUGAACUUGGGUUCUGUCCUGUUCUGUUCUUCCGCCUCUGAAUAAAAAAGGGCAAGACUUUGAAUAUGAGAGCUGGAUACUUCUAUAUAUAUACAUAUGUAUACAUGUGGUCUCUGUCGGAAUGUUACUCUUCGGUGACAAUCUGAUAGGAUAAUAUAUGUAUCUGGUUUGCCUUUAAAGUCUGUAUCUUGACCUCUGUCUUUUUUUUUGUGUGUGUUGUGUGUUCUGUAUGCUGUCAGACAAAUUUUUUUCCCCUCCGGUUGAUGCAGAAAUCGUUUUUUGUUA